GGCGUGGCCAGAAGUGCGCGUGCGCGGAGCGGGCGCUCCUGGCGGACCGGGGUGAGGGCUGAGGCCGGGAUCGCGGAGCGCACGACUCUUUGCGGGGCUCACCCAGUUUGUGCGGGACUCACUCACUUUGUGCGGGACUCCUCUGCGCGCAACCCCUCUGCGGAUCGCGGAGCGCUGCCGCCGUGUCCCAUGUCGGCUCCGUUCGAGGAGCGCAGCGGCGUGGUGCCCUGCGGGACGCCUUGGGGCCGCUGGUACCAGACGCUGGAGGAGGUGUUCAUCGAGGUGCGCGUCCCGCCGGGCACCCGUGCCAAGGACGUGCGCUGCAGCCUGCGAAGCCGGCACAUCUCCCUGGCCGUGUGCGGGCAGGAGCUGCUGCAGGGUAAACUUUUUGACUCUACAGUAACUGAUGAAGGAACAUGGACCUUAGAAGACAGGCAGCUGAUACGAAUUGUUCUAAUGAAGACAAAUAGAGAUGCUGGAAAUUGUUGGACAUCUCUGUUAGAAAAUGAAUAUGCUGCUGAUCCUUGGGUACAGGACCAGAUGCAAAGGAAACUUACACUGGAGCGAUUCCAAAGAGAAAACCCUGGGUUUGACUUCAGUGGGGCAGAAAUUUCUGGAAACUACAGCAAAGGAGGACCAGACUUUUCUAGUCUUGAAAAGUGAACUUUUUAUGUGUGAUCCUUUAGACAAAUUACAUGUUAAGAGUUAAGGACUGGAAUCAUGUAACUGUUGAAGACUUCAGUGAUCUCUUCAAUGGAUUGUUUUCAAAAGUAAUUACUUCAGUGAAGAAAAAGAUCUUUUCCAGCAGAAUGAAGACAAAAUGUUACCAGCUGAUUUAUAAGCUGUGAUAACUUCAUGAUAUCAAGGCACAAGCUGUAGAGAAAGGUGUACAUAAAAAACUAAUGUCUUUAAGCA